CAUAAAGCUGGCGUUAUAUCACACACCAAAGAAAGAAGUUAAAAAGAAAAGAUAGAGCGUUGAUAAGUUUUGAACAAGAAAUGGAAUGGAGGGAAUGUUAUUUAGAUGUGAUCUUGGUGCCGCUAGGGCUAAUGGCAUAUGCAGCUUACCAUGUUUACUUGUGGCACAAGUUACGUACACAGCCUCUCACCACCAUCAUCGGUACUAACGCUAGAGCUCGCCGUUUCUGGGUCGCUUCCAUCAUCAAGGACAACGAGAAGAAGAACAUCUUGGCUGUUCAAACGCUAAGAAACUGCAUAAUGGGAUCGACUUUAAUGGCAACAACAUCGAUCCUCCUAUGCGCGGGUCUAGCUGCGGUUAUAAGCAGCACAUACGCAGUGAAAAAGCCUCUAAACGAUGCGGUUUAUGGAGCUCAUGGAGAGUUCAUGGUGGCUCUAAAGUAUGUCACAAUCCUCACCAUCUUCCUCUUCUCCUUCUUCUCUCACUCUCUCUCGAUUCGAUUCAUCAACCAAGUAAACAUCCUCAUCAACACCCCUUUUCCACCGGAGGAGCUGGAGGAGGAGAUGAUGAUGACGGCGGAGGAGUACGUGGCGGAGUUGCUAGAGAGAGGGUUUGUCUUGAAUACAGUGGGAAAUCGGUUGUUCUACGCGGCGUUGCCUUUGAUGCUUUGGAUAUUUGGACCGGUGCUUGUGUUCUUGUGCUCGGUCGUUAUGGUUCCUAUUCUUUAUAACCUCGAUUUCUUCUUCUUCGGUAAAGAAAGGCGAAAACUCGAUAGAAAAACUAGUUUUGGAUCCGCGUAGAAUCGAGUUUUUGUUAGUAGAGCAAAGUGAUGGUACAUAAGAUAUUGUCGUCCCGGGACAAUUGGACCGAUGAUCAUUUUACAUGGCCGUUGCAGAUUUCGAAGAUUAGUUUAGGUUUGGAUAUAAGAUCUUUUGGUUUAAAUAAAUUUACUAAUCAUAUUAUGCGUAUUAUGAGAAUUAUCAUAUAGUAUAAGCGUUAGAUUGUGAAAAAGUAUGAAUACUAUUUACUUGAGAUUUUUUAUUUUUGUAAAAUGAGAACUUUAAGGUAUGUGUGGUGUGGAAUAAUAUGUCACGUUUUGGUUUGUUGAGAAUUGAGCGUUAUAAUUGGCAUUUCCAUGUGGGUUACUUUAUAACGUAUACGCGUAUGAAUAUAUUAUACGUUAUAUAUAUAUUCCGUUUUGUGUUUAUAACACAUGUGACA